CAAACAAAUGAAAAAAAAAUGUUUAUUUGAACAUACAUGUAUACAGACAUGAUAAGAAGUGUAUUUACUGAAAUAUUAUUUCUCGCUUGACCUUAUUUGAAUAAAAAAUAACCGCGUCAUAAGAUAUUCUAUGGAUAAUUUAAUCAUAACUUUACGCACGUGUUCUGUGAUACCAAAAAUGAUUAAAACACGUGCAAGAAGGAUUCUUUUCCGGACAAAACGGUUUGAUAUCGUGGGAUAUAAACUAUGGAUAUCAAUGUUACUUGUAGUUGUGGGUAUUCAAUGUUUACAGAUAUACUGGAUGGAUCUACGAGUAAAUAAUCAUAUCGAAAAUAAAUCUGAUAAUUUAGUGAAGGUCACAUUGAAAGUCCCAGAGCCAAUAAAAAUUCCAGAGCAAGUCCACAUCAAACAUGAUUUCGAAAAAUUAAAGAAAAGCGUCUCAAGAAAAUGCCGUAUGAUGACGUCACCGUGGGUAGACCAUCUUAUUCAACCAGAUUUAGUUUCCAAUAUGGACGACUGGAAUUUCGUACACAAACGAGAAUGCCCACAUCUUUCAUUGAACGAUUUACCAGUGAAGAGAUCAAAGUUUAGUUUGCUGUGUUACUAUAGAAAUGCACUCAUAGACGUAUCUGAGACUUACAAUUCAAGUGAAAUUUUUGAAUUAGAUUUUAGGGACAGUUGUUUAACACAUUUUAUAGACAAGUGUUGCGUUGAUGACAACCCGGUACCAAAUGUCGUACACUAUGUAUGGUAUGGCGACAAGGAACUGGAAUAUUUUAACUUUCUAAGUUUAAUGAGCGUUUUAAGAUUCGUUAAACCAUGCGUUAUUCUUAUACACGGACCUACCGUGCCGCACGGGCCAUAUUGGGAAUACUUUCUACAUAUGUCCCCUAAUGUUAUUCACGUGCGCAGGGAGAGGCCAGAAACAGUGUUUGGAAAUAAACUAAGAUUUAAAGAACAUUCAUCUGACGUUAUGCGUUUAGAGGCUCUUCUAGAAUAUGGAGGUAUUUAUUUAGAUUUUGAUGAAAUUCUGCUACGACCGAUAGAUUCAUUGAGGAGAUUUCAGCACACACAAGGACAUGAGUUAAAGAGAACGAUGGGUUCACAAGUUGUCAUGUCCAAGAAGAAUGCAACGUUUCUUAAUCUAUGGUAUAAAAGUUAUAAAGAUGAUUAUAAGAAAAUCUGGGCGUAUAACGCCCUGUGGGUGCCAAAUACAUUAGCGAAAAACCAUCCGGAACUUAUUCACGUUGAAGGGUUUAAUUUUACCAGACCUAACUGGCAAAAUACUAAAUUGAUAUAUGAUGGAAAUUAUAAUUGGGCAACAAAUUAUGGUAUGCACAUGUAUGCCAGGUGGUACCGGCGGCCAAUUAAUCUCGAUAUAAUAAGGACGUUAAACACUACUGUAGGGGCAGUGUCCAGGCACAUUCUCUUUGGAAAUAAGGAAUUGUGUAUAAUUUGACGCUAAAUGUUCUGAAAAGUUGUUUCAAUUUCCAAACCAAUCGUUUUUUUUUCUCUUUUAAAACCAAAGUGUUGUUAUUUGCUUGUAAUAAUUAACAUAAUUAUACA